AGCUAUAACCCGACGGACAGGCGGCCACCUCUCGCCUCGCGCCUUUCCGUGCGCGGGUCGUCGGCUCGCGGGGGCGCCUCGCGCCCGGGCCUCACUCGCGGGCCAGUUGGCUGCAACGGCCUCGAGCUCGGCGCGCCGGGUUCGCGCUGGCGCGAGCACGCGCCCUGUGCGCUGGCUAGCGGGCGCGCACGCGCCCGAGCGGACUGCGGGGCGGGGCGAAGAGCUCGAGCCACGGCGAGGUCGGUGCGGAUCGGCUGGCACUCCGGCCCCAGCCGCGGCUGCGAUUCCCAGCCCGCCGCCCGGCCGAAGAGGGAAGCAGAGAAAGGGGCGGUGGGGGCGGGGCGGCGUCCGGCUCCGGGAGAGCUGGGGGAGGAGCGCGACGGCUGCAGCUCUAGAAGAGGAGGAGGCGGCGGCGGCGGAGCUCCUUUCCUCUUCUCAGACCCCAGAGCGUCCGGGACGCAGAGCCGGAACUGGGGAACGCGGCGACUGUGGGGGCCCGGGAUAGGAUCCACUAUGCUGCUUUGUUAGAAGUAAAACUGAUUGUCUUGCUGCUUACAUUGGAGACUGAAAGAAUCUCCCUGGAAAAAGAGACAUGAAUGUCUGCAAUGAUAUUUCUUGACACAAAUUUGAUAUGAGAGAAGAAAAGGAGAUUGACGGCUAGUGAACAGCAUUUCAAAUAACCAGGAUUUUAUAUUUAUCACCUCCAACUACAGCCUUCGGUCGCCUCCUUUUAAAUCAAAGAUAACUACAGUCAGAACCAAGACAAGGCAAAAUAAUACUUCUCUUCUGCAUUUUUUGAGAUUAAAGAAACCUGAAAUGUCUAGGAAACAAAACCAGAAGGAUUCAUCAGGAUUCAUUUUUGAUUUGCAAUCCAAUACUGUACUGGCCCAAGGAGGAGCUUUUGAAAACAUGAAAGAAAAGAUAAAUGCAGUGCGUGCAAUAGUUCCCAAUAAGAGUAACAAUGAAAUUAUCCUGGUUUUGCAGCACUUUGAUAAUUGUGUGGACAAAACAGUACAAGCAUUUAUGGAAGGUAGUGCCAGUGAAGUACUCAAAGAAUGGACAGUAACAGGCAAGAAAAAGAACAAAAAGAAGAAAAGCAAGCCAAAACCUGCAGCAGAACCAAGUAACAGUAUCCCAGAUUCCAAUAAAUCGGUUUCCGUUCAAGAGGAACAAUCUGCGCCCUCCUCAGAGAAAGGUGGUAUUAAUGGUUAUCAUGUCAACGGUGCCAUCAAUGAUACCGAGUCUGUGGACUCACUCAGUGAAGGUAUGGAGACACUUUCAAUAGAAGCCAGAGAACUGGAGGAUCCUGAGUCUGCCACAUCAGAAAUGCUAGAUAGAACAGGAUCCAUGCUGGAGAAUGGUGUCUCUGAUUUUGAGUCCAGAUCUUCGACUAUGCACUCUACUCAGAAUUCUCAACAAAACAGGAACGCUGCCAAGUCUCUCUCGAGAACUACUGUAGGACCUCAGCUUUCAAAUCUAGGCAUGGAAGAUGUUCCCCUCUCUUCCACCAACAAAAAGCUUGGUUCUAAUAUUGAAAAAUCUGUGAAAGACCUGCAGCGCUGCACAGUGUCUCUUGCACGGUACCGAGUUGUAGUUAAAGAAGAGAUGGAUGCUUCUAUUAAGAAAAUGAAACAAGCUUUUGCCGAAUUGCAGAGCUGUUUAAUGGAUCGGGAAGUGGCGUUGCUUGCCGAAAUGGACAAAGUGAAAGCUGAAGCAAUGGAAAUUUUGCUUAGCCGUCAAAAGAAAGCCGAACUUCUAAAGAAAAUGACUGAUGUGGCUGUUCGGAUGUCAGAAGAGCAGUUGGUCGAGCUCAGAGCUGAUAUCAAGCACUUUGUUAGUGAACGUAAAUAUGAUGAGGAUCUGGGACGAGUGGCCCGAUUCACCUGUGAUGUAGAGACCCUGAAGAAGAAUAUUGAUUCAUUUGGACAAGUAUCCCAUCCAAAGAACAGCUAUUCCACCCGAUCUCGAUGUAGCUCGGUUACAUCUAUGUCUUUGAGUAACCCGUGUGAUACCUCUGCUGCUGCUGCUUCCACCUGUGCCUCUGCUCCCAGCCUUACAAGUGCUAACAAGAAAAACUCAGCACCAGGGGAGACUCCUACAACCACAGCAAACUCCGGUGGCCGAUCCUACCAGCCUCAUCGAGAGGUAUUGCCAGGAAACAGACGAGGAGGACAAGGCUACAGGCCACAAGGCCCGAAGUCCAGUGACCCCACGAACCAAGGGCGACAUGACAGCAUGGGUCGUUACAGAAAUAGCUCAUGGUAUUCAUCUGGUUCCAGGUACCAGAGUGCUCCAUCCCAGGCACCAGGAAACACUAGUGAACGGGGCCAGGCUCACUCUGCAGGGACCAGUGGGACUGGAGCCAGCAUGGAGCCUGGCCCACCCAAGCCCUCAUUCAGGAAAGGGCUCCCCCAGCGCAAACCGAGGACCUCUCAGCCUGAAGUUGUAAACUCUUGAGGAAAAUGCCAGCCGGUCUCUCUCUUCUUUCCCACACAAUUCAACUUGGUAACUGGACUUUAGGAAACUUAUAGUUAGAUUUAAUAACAAAAAAGUUUACGCAUAUCACUUUUUAUGCCAUUCUAAAUAUUUUGCCAUUCUGAGUAUUUUGGUUUCUUCUCUCCUCGUUUCCUCUUUACCAUUUUUGGAAGGGAAGCUGUUUGUUUUUUUUUUUUCUCUUGACCUUUCCCAGUGAGAUGGAUUGAUUGUGACUGGUCAUUUCCACCAGAAAUCACAGGCAACUGUUGCCAGGUUUCCCAAGGGUAAGCAGUGUUCUUCCUGGUGCUCCAGGCCUUCCAUAGGCCUGAAGAAGCCUUCCUCAGCCAACCCGACUGUCCAGGCAUUCAGGAGGAGAUGGAUCACAGCUGGUCUUGCUGCCUUUCCGUCUAAGCAGAAGCCGCACGUGCCUGUCAAUUUCCCUGUAAACAACAGCGUGACCAGGAGAGGCAGCGAGGGGGUUGUGUACAGCCCUGAAUUAGCCAGAAAAGGGGAAAUUGAAUAGGUGAAGAUGGAAGAACCCUGGGACACAUUUGAGAAUCUGCCUGUGCUCCUAGACUGUGCCUGAGACUGACACUCAGAUUGCGGUUUUAGUUUCUCGCUUGGCAACAUAGCUUAACCUGUGGUUUCUUCCAUAUGCCCAAGCCUUGUUUUCUAUUACCUUAGGCUGCAAACCAGUCUAGGGAAGUCUAUGGGAAAGUAGCAUUAAUUCAAGGGAAACAAGUAUUUCUUCAUUUCAGUGUUUGAAGAUUUUUGUUGCUAUUGUUCUCCCUCUUUCCUGAUUCCUAUUCUGACCCUGAACCAAAUUUAUAGCAAUAUAAUUAGUGUUAAUCUAAGGUGUCAACCGUCCAAAAAUUGCUGCAGUCAAUCUUUAGAGUUGAAUAAAUAAAAACAAUUGCAUAAACGUU